CAUGAACACGUUUUGUAAUUAUAUUACAGUAAGGGCCAUGACUGCUGCUGUCCCUUCAGUGUAAGCCUGUGUUGUUUGCAUGACCGCUGCUGUCCCUUCAGUGUAAGCCUGUGUUGUUUGCAUGACCGCUGCUGUCCCUUCAGUGUAAGCCUGUGUUGUUUGCAUGACCGCUGCUGUCCCUUCAGUGUAAGCCUGUGUUGUUUGCAUGACCGCUGCUGUCCCUUCAGUGUAAGCCUGUGUUGUUUGCAUGACCGCUGCUGUCCCUUCAGUGUAAGCCUGUGUUGUUUGCAUGACCGCUGCUGUCCCUUCAGUGUAAGCCUGUGUUGUUUGCAUGACCGCUGCUGUCCCUUCAGUGUAAGCCUGUGUUGUUUGCUGUCCCCUUGCAGGAACGCGCAGGGCUGCUGCAGAAUGGUUGGUUUUGACCCCAGAAGAGAGGGCCCUGUUCUCUCCUCCACGGAGAUCGCAGCAGCGGGGUCUGUGGCGGGAAUGGUCACAAGAGCCAUAAUUAGUCCCCUCGAUUUAAUUAAAAUCAGAUUCCAGCUUCAGAUUGAGCAGCUUUCUGUUAAAAACCCGCGGGCCAAGUAUCAUGGUAUCUGGCAGGGCUGUCGAUGCAUCCUUGCUGAGGAGGGACUGCCGGCUUUCUGGAAGGGACACCUCCCGGCCCAGCUGCUGUAUAUCGCAUUCGGAGCUGUGCAGUUCGUCAGUUUUGAGAUGCUGACUAAGUUUGUCCACACCAGCACCCCCUAUGACAGCAGGAAUGCCGCGGUGCACUUCGUGUGCGGGGGCAUCGCUGCCUGCAACGCCAGCAUGGCCUGCCAGCCGCUGGACACCCUACGCACCCGCUUCGCUGCCCAGGGGGAGCCCAAGGUAUACCGGAAUCUAAGGCAUGCAGUGGCCACCAUGUACCGGACGGAAGGCCCCCUGGCGUUUUACCGUGGCUUGACCCCCACCACGAUCGCUGUCUUCCCCUACGCUGGACUGCAGUUCUACUUCUACAACAUAUUCAAGAAGGUUUACCUGUGGGCCAUUCCUGCAGACCCAGACACAAAAGGUAAUGUUAGAAACCUGGUGAGUGGGAGCUGUGCCGGGGUUCUCAGCAAGACCAUCACCUACCCCUUCGACCUGUUCAAGAAGAGGCUGCAAGUGGGGGGCUUCGAACAGGCGCGGACCCCCUUCGGACAGGUGCGCUCUUACCAGGGGUUUCUAGACUGCAUUGUGAAGAUCGGCCAGGACGAAGGGGCGAGAGGAUAUUUUAAGGGUCUGUCGCCCAGCUUGCUCAAGGCGGCUGUCUCCACGGGAUUCAUCUUCUUCUGCUACGAUUUCUUCUGCAACACCCUGCUGAGCCUGAAGUAAAGCACAGAGAUGCACGAUUAGCUGCAAGACGGAGAGAGACGCACUGAGCCGCACUGCACACCACUGACAUCUGCCUGGCGAAAGUGCCUCAUUCAUAUUCUGCACUAGAGCGCUGGAGUAUUCAGACUCUUUCGUGGUUCUUGGUUAAGCUCCUGGUGAGAGGGAGACUCUCUGGGACAUGGGACCUCAACCACAGGCAUGGCAGGAGCCUGCUGUCAGGGACAUGACUUGAACCUGUCCUGUCUCUCUCAACAGCACUAAUACUCUUCCAUCAGUCACCUAGGUGGACCUGCCCUGUCUCGUUUAAAUGGUAUUGCCAGUUCUUGUGAUGCAAGGGCCAGGUUUGCUCAGUAUUUACUGCAGUGCCAAGAUAAACAUGCCUCAGAACUAGCGACAGAAAACUUCUGUACUCCUCGGGAGCUUCUAAGUUAACAUAAAUGAUGUAUUAAUUUAAACAUUUUUAGAACAUUUUUAUAUUUUCUGUCUGGAUCGCAGUCCCCAGUACAGUGGAAUGACCAGAAGUAAGUUCAAUACAAUAGGUGGCAGUGUGGUCUGGUGGUUAAAGUCCAGGGCUUGUAACCAGAAGGUCACUGGUUCAAAUCCCACCUCUAACUG